CCCUCAUCACAACUUGACUUCUUCAGUUCUUCUCUAUUGCCUUAGAAAAUAAUUCUCCCCACAGCAAGAAAACAGAAAACCAAACAUGCCGUCGCCAUUGUCAUUAGUCCCCUUUCUACUGAUCUCGCUUGUCUCUUCCGCAACCGCCUGCGACCGCUGCCUCCACUCGACCAAAGUCGCCUACUUCUCCAAAGCAUCCGCGCUUUCAAAUGGUGCUUGCGGGUAUGGAUCAAUGGCGAUCGGGUUCAACACAGGACAACUCGCAGCUGCUGCUCCUUCUAUCUACAGAAAUGGAGCUGGCUGCGGCGCUUGUUUCCAGAUUCGAUGCAAAACCCCAGGGCUCUGCAGCAGCAGGGGAACCACAGUCAUGGUGACCGACCUCAGCAACAGCACCGAUUUCGUCCUCAGCAGCAGAGCUUUCAUGGCCAUGGCCAGCGAGGGCAAAGCCUCCGACGUUCUCAAACUCGGGACCGCCGAUGUCGAAUACAAAAGGGUGCCAUGUGAGUUUAGGGCCAAGAACCUGGCGGUGAGGGUGGAGGAGUCGAGCCGGAAGCCGGUUUACUUGGCGGUCAAGGUUCUGUACCAGGGCGGUCAGACCGAGAUCGUUGGGGUUGAUGUGGCCCGAUUCGGGUCAUCGAAAUGGGCCUUCCUGAGCCGGAACCACGGUGCGGUCUGGGAUACUGGCCGAGUCCCCGAGGGUCCGCUGCAGUUCAGGUUCGCAGUGACGGGCGGGUUCGACGGAAAGUGGGUUUGGGCCCAGAAGGCCGUUCUUCCAGGUGAUUGGAGGCCCGGGAUGGUUUACGAUACUGGGCUUCAGAUUACUGAUAUAGCCCAGGAGCCUUGCUCGCCUUGUGAUGAUUCCACCUGGAAAUGAAGCUGAAGAAAAGAAAUAAGAAAACGUGUUAUUUUAUAGAAAUAUAACGUUGUUGCUUUUUUCUCUCUCUUUUUUAUUUUGUCAGACAAAACCAAUAAAAAGUUGUGAAUAUU